CAAAAUUAAAUUCCCAUUAAGACAAAUAAUUUCAAUUUAUUUCUCAUAACUUAAUCCUUACAAUAUAAAUAAAGGAAUAAACUAUGAGAAAAGGGGCUGGAAAAAACCACACGAAUACUUAUACACACUACAGUGUUCACAAACUGAUAUACACCUCACAUAAGAAUUUUGCAGAAAAUCAAAACAGCAACAAUAGUGACGAAAAACAAACAGACAAAUUGGAACAAAUGGAGUAGUUCUUGCCGGAGAAUCACCGUCACGAGUAAACCUUGUAAACUGCACCAAUAACAACCCCUGAAAUCAUCAAAACCGAACCGUAUGGACCACCGUGUGCAACCCGCUACCACCGCCUAAGGACUCUACCGCUGCCGGAACCACGUUCGACAACGCCACCGGCAUCCUACUUCAUUUUCGAUGGCAUCCAGGUCGAGCGCUUCUAAAAAGAGAAAGGUCGGGAGCACUUCCUGUACCGUGCCCAUACAGUUCGACACCGACAAAUUCGUAGGUGCAAAGCAAGCCGCUCGCUAUGUGGCUUUGGAAAAGAGAAAAAUUUUGCCAGAGAAAAGGUUUAUAAUCAACCCCGAAGGCGAAUACUGUACAUUUGCUGGGUUGAUUCAUAGCAAGAAGUGGGACCGGUUGAUUGCUCCGCUUGAGCACUAUGACAUCGAAAUAGUGCGUGAGUUCUACACGAACACACUACCUAACGACGACGAGCCAUUCACAUGGACGACUAGAGUGUCCGGCCGUCCGGUUGCUUUCGAUCGGGAUGCAAUUAACCGUGUACUGGGUGAACCGCUCCAUCCGGGGGCAAAUGAGAGGGACACAUACCAUAGGGAUUUGAGGCUCCACCGGGAUACCGAUUCUAUUUCUGCUGCCCUAUUAUUUGAGGGGAAAUCAGUUGAGUUGAACCCGUCUGGGGUUCCGAUGAGAUACCAUAGGGAGGACAUGAUUCCCAUGGCUCAGCUGAUCCUAAUGCUGGUUCUGACCAAUAUAAAACCCAAGUCUCACACUUCAACCGUGCCGAUCCUAGUGGCACACUUGGUUCACUGCAUUCUCACGAAUAUUCAGAUUGAUGUGGCGAGGAUAAUUGCUUUAGAGUUGAAGUCCGUGAUUGAGAGCGGGCUAAAGUCGGGGGCACGAGUUAACUGUCCCCUUGCUUUCCCGUGUCUCAUCAUGGCUUUGUGCCAACAUUCGAGGGUGAAGCUACCCUCCCGGAGUCAAGUGAGGAUCCCGCCAGCUAUCAACGACAGAUAUGUGGCCAAGUACUGCAAACCGAAGAACUUCAGGAGUAGUUCAACUGCUGAUGUACCGGGGCUUCUGAUGGUCCUGGUACUUUUGCUCAGGGAUCCGAUCCUUUCCAGCAGGCUGUCUGCAACUAUAAUUGGGAUUGGAUGGCGGCAACUCAGCGCGCCAUGCUUGAUAUUCACGAUUCUAUGCAGUUGUUACAGUUGCAGGUGCGUGACCCCUGCGGUGAGCAUUCAAUGAUGACAUGUGAGCAGUUUCUGCAGCACGCUAGCUGUCCUGUGGACAGGCCUGUGUUCGGAGAGGGGGCGGGUGGCGGUGCUUCUGGUGCUGAUACUUCUGGUGGUGCUGAGGAUGGUGAUGACGAUGAUAGUGAUGAUGCUACCGGUUCUGAAGCCGGUAGU